UUGUAGGAAACGUAAGAUGGUCAAGUCCACUCAAGAUGAAAAGUGCAAGGCAGCUAGUAGCAAAUACAGGGGUGGAUUUACAUGGAUACGAAGAGGCAUCGUACCAAGAAAAUCUUCAUGGAAAAUAAAAAACAAGAUGUCAUUUCUGUACCCAAAGAAGUUGUUAUUGAGAUAUUACGAAGAGUACCUGGCCAUGAUUUGGCUGAAAAGUUAAAGAUGGUAUGUAUGCAAUGGUGUUCGAUUAUACAUACUGGGAGCUUUGCCUACUUACAUAUUGAACAGAGAAUAAAAUCCUCGUCGUUCUCUCAAAUGGAAGCAGUUAUUGUUGCUUUUGACGGAAAUGAAAAUCGUUCAGUUAAAAUUUCUUCCUUGGAAUGGCACACUAAUGAUAAUGAAAAUGAUCAUCUAUUUGAAGAUUGGAAGACUAAACACUUAUGCACUGCAAAAGAUGCACUAUUAGGCCAGAACUUUAAUCGUUUGCAGAACAUGGUAUGGGCCAAUUCUGUGAAUGGUUUCGUCUGUUUUUGGUCUUAUUUUGAUAAACCUCGUUUGCAUAUCUUCAAUCCUGUCACUAAAGAAUACCUCAUAACUCCACCGAAUACAUAUCUAGGGGUACGAAAUUUUGAUUUGGAUACUACUGUGGGCUGUGGAUUUUGCCCAGUUUCAUAUGAAUACAAGGUUGUUGUUCUUGAUGGAAAUUCGGAAGUGAUUAAGCCUUCGAUUUUCACUAUUGGAACUGCCCAUUCAUGGAGGGCUUUGAGAGUAAUUCCUCAUCACAAUAUUAUAAAUGUUGUUACAAUUGUAUAUUUGAAGGGGAUGUUAUAUUGGUACGUAACUUCUACAAUUGAAUAUUCUUUUCAUACAACAAGUUCAAAAAGUACUCUCCUUUGUUUUGAUGUAAGGAAGGAAGAAUUUGAUACGAUUGUGGUACCAAUUGAAAUUCCUGAACGUUCUGUAUCAAAUGUAGUAGAAAAGGGCGAAAAGCUUUGUUUGGUAACAAUAAGUUAUGCUCCUAUUUGCUCCCUCUUGAUCAACGUAUACGUUAACAUUGAUGAUGAUGAUCUGAGUAACUUAAAUUCGUGGAAGAAAGAGUUCACUGUGACUGCUCCGAGUAUUGCAUAUAAAUUGGAUCUAGAUGAUAAUGUGUACACCCUCAUUGUUACUGAUGAGAUCGUGGUGAUUCAACUUGGUGACAGCAAUGACCGUGGAUUUUUCCAUGUUGCAACUGGAAAGCUGUUGGGAUUACUUUGGACUAGGCACGGUACUUUGAUCCCUUACAAGUCAAGUUUGGUUGCUUUUUGCCAUCGACCACUACUUCCUUCCUUGUCUUGAACUAUUCUUUUUGAUGCACCGCAAAAUCACACGAGGAGAGGUAACUCACGCUCUACCAACCUAAGACCCUUAUUCGAAAUCACCUUUUAUGUCACGCUUUAAAUGGUUUUUUUUACAUUCAUUUACAUAAUUUUUUAUGGCUCGUAAUUACUGUGGGGUUCAUUCCCAUGUACCAAACUUUGAAUAACUUUGUGUCAAUUUCAAAGUUUGGUAGAGUUGGUAAUCUAUGAAGAAGAAAAAAUUGUUUUCUGCCAAUUUCAAAGUUUAGGAGAGUAGGUAAGCUAUGAACAACAAAAAAUAUUUUUCUUCUAUAGCACAUUUGGAGGGUGGAGGGCAAUUCUUCAUUCUAAGUACACCAAAAAGAAUUACAAAAGAGAGAAAAGAAGAGUCAGACAUCACAGAGGAAGAUAUUCUGUGAGAAAAAUUAGAGAGUGUGAGCGAUAUUGUAGUGAGGUGAAAAAAUCAAAAGAGUGUUAUUUCUUUUGAAAGUGUAGUGAUCUUUGGAGUAUUACUCAGACAUACAAGUGUAAAAUCCUUACUAUAGUGAUAUUCUUUGCUCCACUCGGGUCGUGGUUUUUCCCUUAUUUAGGAAGGUUUUCACGUAAAAUCUUCGUGUCAUUAUUCCUCUUUUAUUCUCGUUGAUUAACCGCAUUGUUGUGUUCCGCAUUUA